GAUUUUUUCCUCAACAAUCAGAAGUGGAGGCCCCGAUAAUGCAUGUAUGAGAUAAGUGAGUAGAAAAACACACAUGGAACGACUCCAUGUUUUGACUGCCUAGAAGUAUUGAAGCCUCAUACAAUCUCACAUUGAUCCGCAUUUACCUGAACAGAUUUCCGUUAGUGAGGCAUAGCUUCUUCCUCUUUGGUUGACAUGGCGGACAAGAAGAAAGACAAGAAAGAAAAGUCACCGGAAGACGACUAUGAUUUCUUCGCCCCGCACCCUCAUCCAACCAAAGUACGAGUCAAACAAUCGUGUUUCGACUAUGUACCGGACGCAUAUGAAGGGAAGUCCAUAGCUUUUAAUGAAAGCCCCAAACGGACUCCGAAAAAGGUUGUUGAAGAGCCAAAAGAGGAAACUCCAAAAACGGAGGAAACUCCCGCGGAAUCACCAGACAAAACACCGGUGCAGGAAACAGUGGAUGCUCCCAUGAAAAUGGACGUUUUGGCAGCCGACCCAUGGAAUACUAAAGACUCG